CGGGGGAAACCCUUUUGACUCGAAAUAAGAGAAGGCUGUGUUGGGUAUAUAUAAAAAAAAGAAGGAAAAAAAAAAGAAAAAAGGGGAGGAGGAUGGCAGGAAAGAAAGUGGUGGUGGUGCCAGACGCAGCGGCAGUAAGAAGCGUACGUACGUGCUUUAUCUUAGCGGCUGAGUGUGACGUGAUAUUGCAGCCUUGCUUCGAGAGCUCUGCAAGCACCAAGCAAAAGCGCGUCUAUUUCUCUUUGUGUUAUAACUCACAAGUCAAGCCAAACAUCUCACAUCCACCCACCAAAAGGAUCUUUUCUUUCUUUUUCCCCUCUACUCAUCUUUUUUUUUUUCCAAAACGAGUGGAGAAACGCGACUUUACCAGAGGCGAAACCAUUUGGGAGAGAGAGAAAAAAAAUAGACGAUUUAAUUUAUAGUAACACAGUAAAGAAUUCGCUCGCUUCUUCUCAUCACUCCAAGAAUUUCUUCUUUCCUUCUCCUUUUUUCCCCCCCUGUCUCCUCUCUCUCUCUCUCUUGGUAUUUCUCUCUUCUGCUCGGUGGCUGUCGUGCGUUUGUUGCGCUCCGGUUUUGAUGGGAAAAAGCCAGCAGAAGAAGAGGAAGAGGACAGGGAGGAUAUGAGCGGGCAGAGCGGAGUGUAACGCAUUUUAUUUCCAUCCACUGAACCAUCUUGUUGCGCCGGACUUCUAUUGUCGGGAAUGGGGAGUAUUGAUUCACCGAAGGACUGCAGAAUUUAUUUAUAAGGAUGUGGCCAGUGUUGGGAAAAUAGCCAUAGCUUCCGCAGUGUAAGGCCAAAUGACAUAGGAUGAAGGCUGUUCGAAACCUGUUGAUUUAUAUAUUUUCCACCUAUCUUCUGGUUAUGUUUGGAUUAACUGGUGCCCAAGAUUAUUGGUGUUCCACUCUGGUCAAGGGGGUCAUUUAUGGAUCAUACUCGGUGUCUGAAAUGUUUCCCAAGAACUACACAAACUGUACGUGGACGCUGGAGAACCCAGACCCAACCAAAUACAGCAUCUACCUUAAACUAUACAAGCGAGACUUGAGCUGCUCCGAGUACUCUUUGCUUGCUUAUCAGUUUGAUCACUACUCACACGAGAAGAUAAACGAGUUGCUCAAAGUGAACGCAUCCAUUGUAUAUCUCUGUGAUUCAAAGAAUAAUUACAUAUUUUUGCUGUACGACAAAAAUUUUGCUCAGCUCCGGAGAGUUUUUCCUUACGAUUACAAUGGAUUGACGCCACAGAAGCUGGAUGAGGAGGAGCAGUCUAUCCUGGAGUUCUUAGUAUUGAAUAAGGCGAGCCCUAGCCAGUUUGGGUGUCAAGUGCUUUGUACGUGGCUGGAAAACUGCCUGAAAGCAGAGAAAGGGACAGUGGAGGCAUGUGGGAUCGUGUACACCAAAUGCACAUGUCCUCAGCAUUUAGGCGAUGGAGAAUCAGAGAGCAUGCUCAUGCUCAAUAAUGUGGUUUUACCUUUAAACCCACAAACGGAGGGUUGCUUGUCACCUCAGCUACAUGUCGGUCAAAUCUGCAAUCUGAGUGCAGAAGUAAGACGGCCUCCUAAAGAAGAAUAUGGAAUGAUCGGAGAGCAUACAGUAAAAAGUCAGCGGCCACGAUCAGUUCAUGACACAAAGGCCCUGAAGGAGCAAGCUGAAUCUGCUAAAUUUAUGGCACAAACUGGUGAAUCAGGUGCAGAGGAGUGGUCCCAGUGGAGCUCAUGCUCUGUAACAUGUGGUCAAGGGUCGCACGUGCGAACAAGAACAUGUGUCUCACCAUACGGAACACACUGCAGCGGCCCUUUAAGAGAAUCAAGGGUUUGCAAUAACACUGCCCCUUGUCCAGUACACGGUGUAUGGGAGGAAUGGUCACCGUGGAGCCUGUGCUCAUUCACAUGUGGCCGGGGUCACCGCACUAGGACUAGGAUGUGUGCUCCUCCCCAGCACGGAGGCAGGGCCUGUGAUGGACCUGAGACCCAGACUAAACUUUGCAACAUAGCCCUGUGCCCAGUGGACGGACAGUGGCAGGAGUGGAGCUCUUGGAGCGAUUGCUCGGUGACCUGUGCCAAUGGCACUCAGCAGAGGACCAGGCAGUGCUCAGCAGCCGCCCAUGGGGGAUCUGAGUGUCGCGGUCACUGGGCAGAAAGCAGAGAGUGCCAUAAUCCUGACUGCACAGCUAAUGGCCAGUGGAAUCCCUGGGGUCCGUGGAGCGGCUGCUCUAAGUCCUGUGAUGGAGGAGGGCAAAGGCGUGUCAGAGUGUGUCAGGGGGUGGCGGUGACCGGGCAGCAGUGUGAUGGGAACGGAGAAGAAGUUCGAAAGUGUAGUGACCAACGCUGCCCAGCACCGUAUGAGAUUUGUCCAGAGGACUAUGCAAUGUCGAUGGUGUGGAGACGGACCCCUUCGGGAGAGCUCGCUUUCAACCGAUGCCCACCCAAUGCUACAGGCACCACUAGUCGACGCUGCUCUUUGGAUCACCGCGGCAUGGCCUAUUGGGAGAAGCCCAGCUACGCUCGAUGCAUAACAAAUGAAUUCAGAUACUUGCAGCAAACAGUUCAGAGCCAUCUUGCGAAGGGCCAGAGGACUCUGGCGGGGGACGGCAUGUCCAAGGUUACCAAGAACCUGCUGAACUACACCCAGCCGAGGAACUUCUAUGCCGGUGACCUACUCUCAUCAGUGGAGAUCCUUCGCAAUGUGACAGAGACCUUCAAGAGGGCGAGCUACGAGCCUUCCUCAGAUGACGUUCAAAACUUUUUUCAAAUCAUCAGCAACCUCUUGGAGGAGGAAAAUCAGGAGAAAUGGGAAGAUGCACAAAAGAUCUACCCUGCGGCAGUGGAACUCAUGCAGGUCAUAGAGGAGUUCAUUCAUAUUGUUGGACUGGGCAUGAAGGAUUUCCACAAUGCCUAUCUGAUGACCGGAAACUUGGUGGCCAGCAUCCAGAGACUUCCAGCCGUGUCUGUGAUGACUGACAUCAACUUCCCCAUGAAAGGUCGUAAAGGCAUGGUUGACUGGGCCAGGAACUCGGAAGAUAAAGUGGUCAUCCCAAAGGGCCUCUUUGUUUCCCAUUCAGCAGACAUAGAAGGAUCACCUGUGUUCAUUUUGGGAACGGUUCUCUACAAAACACUUGGACUCAUGCUACCUUCACCAAAGAACCUCACUGCUGUGAACUCCAAGGUUAUUGCUGUGACUAUAAGACCUGAGCCCAAGGCGACUGAGUCCCACCUGGAGAUUGAGUUGGCUCACCUGGCAAAUGGAACAAUGAAGCCUUACUGUGCACUCUGGGACAGCACCAUAAUGGGCCCUCUGUGGAUUGGGUUUCAGAUUGGUGCUUGUUUUGAUUGCUUCUCUACUUCAGGCGAUAAUAAAGAUUUACUGUCCUGCAUGAACCACGCGUACACCCUCUCACCAACUGGUUUGUCUCUGUCUUCUCAACAGACUAUGGAGUACUCAGGGGUCCCAUCUGUGACACUGAUAGUUGGCUGUGGUUUGUCUUGCCUCGCCUUGAUCACACUGGCAGUCAUCUAUGCCAUCUUAUGGAGAUAUAUUCGAUCUGAACGAUCCAUUAUCCUGCUGAACUUCUGCCUAUCUAUAGUCUGCUCGAACAUACUAAUCCUUGUUGGACAAACACAAACCCACAAUGUGGGUGUGUGCAUCAUGACAACUGCCUUCCUGCACUUCUUCUUCCUAGCGUCCUUCUGCUGGGUCCUUACGGAAGCCUGGCAGUCCUACAUGGCGGUGACAGGGAAGGUUCGCACCAGGCUCAUCCGGAAGCGUUUCCUGUGUCUUGGCUGGGGAUUGCCAGCUUUAGUUGUCGCCAUUUCAAUGGGAUUCACUAAAACAAAGGGCUACGGAACACCCUUAUACUGUUGGCUCUCCUUGGAGGGUGGGCUCCUGUAUGCCUUUGUUGGACCCGCAGCAGCUGUUGUUUUGGUCAACAUGGUGAUCGGUAUCUUGGUAUUCAAUAAGUUAGUGUCCAGAGAUGGAAUCCUGGACAAGAAGCUGAAGCAUCGUGCAGGACAGAUGAGUGAGCCGCAUACAGGAUUAACUCUCAAGUGUGCCAAAUGCGGUGUUGUAUCAACAACUGCUUUAUCAGCAACAACAGCAAGCAAUGCAAUGGCGUCGCUGUGGAGCUCCUGUGUCGUCCUACCCCUGCUGGCUCUGACCUGGAUGUCCGCCGUGCUCGCCAUGACGGACAAGCGUUCCAUUCUCUUCCAGAUCCUCUUUGCCGUCUUUGACUCCUUGCAGGGGUUCGUCAUUGUGAUGGUGCACUGCAUCCUACGGAGAGAGGUGCAAGACGCUUUCAGAUGCCGGCUCAGGAACUGUCAAGAUCCAAUCAGUGGUGAUGCAACAGGAACCUUCCCUAAUGGGCAUGCUCAGAUAAUGACAGACUUUGAGAAAGAUGUGGACAUCGCCUGCCGAUCAGCGCUCCACAAGGACAUGGGCUCGUGUCGUGCUGCCACCAUAACAGGCACGCUCUCCCGCAUUUCCCUCAACGAUGAGGAGGAUGAGAAAGCGCCUGAGGGCCUCAACUACUCCACGUUGCCAGGCAACAUCAUCUCCAAAGUGAUAAUCCAGCAGCCUUCAGCUUUGCACAUGCCAGUAGGAAUUGGCGACCUGAAAGACCAGUGCAUGUCUGACAGCAAUGCCGACAUGCGCCGCACAGUCUACCUGUGCACCGACGACGGCAUGCGCCAGAGCGACCACGACAUGGGCGGCCACGACAUGGAGGGCCGCCCGACGCACGGCCAAAUGAUGGAGACGGACUACAUAGUGAUGCCUCGCGCCUCGGCGGGUGUAGUGUCGGGGUCGGCCACCCUGCCCACCCUUAUUAAAGAGGAGCCCAAGAUGACCGCUGCCAUGGAUACACUGCCCCACGAGAGGCUAAAGCAUUACAAGAUAAGCCCUGACUUCAAUAUCAACCCGUCGGGCAUGGACCACAUGAAUGUGAACCUGGAGCACCAGUAUCCUAGUGCUCCAGAGCAGAUGCAAACCCUGCCCUUUGAACCUCGCACAGCUGUUAAGAACUUCCUUGCAGAAAUGGAGGAAACUGGGGGCCUAUCUCGGAGUGACACUGGCUCCACGAUAUCAAUGAGCUCCCUGGAGAGAAGAAAGUCGAGAUAUUCCGAUCUAGACUUUGAGAAAGUCAUGCACACCAGGAAAAGACACAUGGAGCUGUUCCAGGAACUGAAUCAGAAAUUUCAAACCCUGGACCGAUUUCGAGACAUACCAAAUAUGGGCAGCAUGGACAAGGCAAUGCCAAAACAGAAUCCAUGGGAGAGCUACAAUCCAGCCUGUGAGUACCAGAACUACGCCACUAUGAAUGUACUAGAAUCCGAUCCCAAGGACUCACUGGAGAUGACGGCUGCAGAGUGGGAGAAGUGUGUCAACCUACCCUUAGAUGUCCAGGAAGGAGACUUCCAGACAGAAGUGUAAAGGGUGAAGAAGAUGGAGAGGGGAAAAAAAUGCAAACUUGGAAAGGAGGAGAAGGGGAUGUAUUUUGCACUGAUUAAAGCAACAGACUUUUCUAACAGCCUUGGCAAACAUAUCUGGAUCUUACGAGCGUGGCAGGGACAUAAUGUGCCAAUACAAUAUAAGGACUGGGGAGAGAGGAAAAAAAAAAAAAGUAAAAGAAAAAGGGAUAAAAACAUCAGUGUUACUUUUUGUAUUCUCACUAGUGUACUUAGUGUGGGGCAGCCUGGUGUACAAUAUUUACCAUCCUGUGUUACCAAUUAUCUGUGGAGGAAUUGGCUGAAAAAAAAAAAAA